CUCUAAUCCAAUCCAUCUGGCACACACAGAAAAACCAUUGUGUAGACUUUUGAAACCUUCAUUCCUUUCCUCUGUUUUCAGUUUUGCCUCUAAAACAAAACAAAAAAAACAAACCACACAAGUGAACAACAUCCUUAACUUACUGUAUUUUGCCCAUUAUUUCUAGUUUGAAAAAUCCCACCAUCUAUCAGACAUUCUUAAAUUUCUAAUUUGGGUAACAUGCAAAAAUUCAAACUUGGCUAGAACUGCUGCUGUCUCACAAGGUUCUAUUUCUUUAAAUUUUCUUGCUUUGUUUUGGGUGGUACUAGGAUUUUUACUUUCAGUUCUUGAAUGUGACUUUUGCUUGUAAUUGUAAUCUUUUAAUUUUUAGUGUUGCUGAGAGCUCCAACAAGUACUUAGUUUUGUGAACAUUUACAGUUGCUUUUAGGAAUUUUUGUAUCUGGGUUUUCUAUAGUGGUUUGUAUUAUUGUGUCAAAUUGUUGUUUUGGAGACAAAUUUUAAUUUUUGGGUUUGUGCUAUUGUGUUAAAUUAGUUCUUUUAGAGACAGAAAUUUUAAUUUUUGGGUUUGGGUUUGUGUUUCUAGGGCUUUGUUCAGAUUUUGAAUUCUAGGGUGUUGUAUAUGAUGUUGGUUCUAAGCAUGAGUUCAAAGAGACAAAGGCGCCCAAAUGUUAGGUUAGGGGAAAUAGGUGAUGUUUCUGCAGCUUUUGCAUGUAGGUUUCCUCAAAAAACUGAGGGAAAAUUGGGGCAUAAGAGAUGGAGACAUGAUUUUGUGAACCCUCAAGAAUUUGAAAACAAUUUCAUAUGUGGAUUCUCAAAGUUCACAGCUUCAGAACCUGGUAUCUCUCCAAGGACUUCAGCUGAUUUGCAACAGAAUAGAGAGAACAAGAAUCCAAACUCAUCAAACAUGGCUUCUGAAUUUGCAAUUUCAGAGGAGCUUGGUAUGACCAAGUCUGGACUGGAUUUCAGUAAUAUAACCCGGAAGUGUAGGGUAAUGAAACGACGAGGCCGGGAUGCAAGAAGCAACAUUUCGGUUUUUGGUGGCACUUGGAGUUCUAAACUUAGUCCUGAAUUCAGUAGUGAAGAUGGGAGAGAGAGUGGUGGGAAAGAUUUCAUUGGGUUCACAUCAAAUGUGUGGGAGGAUGAUUUCCCUGAUAAUGGUUCUAAGGACUUGUCGGAUCGAGAAACGCCAGCUACAAGCAAAGAGGCCUGUGAAUAUGAUAUGUAUGAGCCCACUUAUGAUGCACGGCAGCAAGGCAAUCUCAAUGAUCCUUGGAAGGAGGAUGCUUGUUAUGAAGACAACAACUCAUUUCCUAAAUCUGGCGGUGCGUGGGAUGAGAUGGGAUCUGGAGGUAGUGAUGUAAAUGGUGUUAAGAGAUGGUUGGAGGAGCUCGGGUUUGGUAAGUAUGCUAGUGUUUUUGAAAUACACGAGGUUGAUGAAGAAGCUUUGCCACUACUUACUCUUGAAGAUCUCAAAGAGAUGGGUGUAUUUGCUGUUGGCCCUCGAAGGAAGUUGUUCAAUGCAAUUCAACAGUUGAAAGGAGAAGAUGAUUUGGCAUGACGGUAUACUCAACUGAGUAUGUAGAUAAACUUGCUAAUGUUGCUUGUACUAGCUAGCACUUCUGUGCAGGAAAAAGUGUCAGAGAUAUGAACUGGUGACUUGUUGAGAGAGAGACUUUUAUGAGUUAAAGAGUAUCUGUCUGCUGGUAGUGGUAACUCUUCUGGCCUCAUUGGAAGGUAUAUCAUAGACAAUAAUACACUUUUUUUCCCUUCAUGUGAAUAAUGAUCACUUGUAUCUCCAUGUUGUUAACUAAAUGUAACCAACAUUUCAGCGUUGUCUAUUUCUUAUGCUUAAAAUGUCAAAAUGAUGAGUGGGUCUGUCUAUUACUCCCAUUUAGAAUUCAGUAACGGCUGAUACUGGGACAUACAUUCUAUAAGAAUCAGCAAUGGACAACAGAUGUUUGGUUCUGUAAUGUGUUUCCAUAAUUUAUUUUCUGAUACACUAUAUUGAUGAUAGCUUGAGAGGUCUCAUAUUCUCAAAUUCUGAUUAAAUUUUGUAACAUUUGGGCUAGACUCAACUUUUGAGGUAAUCCACCAUCAUCUUUUACUGGUAAAUUACAAGUUUGAUAGGAUUAUGGUGAGCCUAUAAACCCCCAUAAUUGCUAACUUAGAAUUUCAUGUAUUCCAAAUCUUGUUCAAGUUUAAUUUAAUAGAUAUUGGUGUUGUGUGUGUAAAAUUAAUACUUUACUCUGCUAGGAGCUUUCACUUGUGCACCAAAAGAACAUUUAUGCUUGUGUGUUUUGUAUGUACAAUAUUAUGGUGCUUAGAAGUUAGAAGUAUUUGACCAGUAAAUAAUUUUAUGUAUAUUGGUUUAAAUGAGUUAUUGUGACAAUAGCAUGAAUCUUAUAUAAUGAUUCUGUUUGUUGCAUACGUUGAUCAAAAUGUUUUUUCAAGAACGACAAAUUGUCUGUUGAAACAUGUUAAUAGUGUGACUGAGGCUUCUUCUGAAUGGUGUAUGUGUCCAUUCGCAUGCAGACCAACAACUGCCUGUUAAUGGCCUUCAAGGCAUAUCUGAACUAUGACAAAAAAUUGUUUAAAAAGGAGGUACUCGUAUCAUUUGGUAAUGGAACAGUUGCACUUCCUUCUCCUUGUUGUGCACUGUGUUUUGCUUGGAGAGCGCAACCUCCACCUUCCUCAUACGUACUUCUAACUGUGUAGUUCAUUCUGACUUAGCAUCUGCCUCUCUGCAACUUGAUCUUAGAUGUUUUUUUAUCCUUCUUUAGAGUUUGUUACUGCUUUGAUUUUGAUAGUUAUUGCUAGUGUAAUUUGUAAAAUCUCUUUUUCGGGGGAUUUUGUGUUUUCAAAUGCAGAUGAACAUAGAUUCUGUGCAUUAAUAGUUCAUGUAUAUGGUGUGUCUUCUGUUAUGAUUCUUAACUGAACUGCAAAGUUUUUCUUACACAAUUGAUAUUUGAAUGUAAUGCAGACAUUUGCAUGCAGAAGGAUGGUUGUUUUUCUGAAUCUCUUCCUUGUCUCCCCUUCCGCCCUAACUUUUUGGAUGGAAAUCCUGCAAAUGAAAUAACACUCAGGAUUACUUAUCGGCUUAGGAUACCCAAAAAUAUGAAGGAUUUGGGUGGUGCAAGUGGUUUACAGGAAUGUUGAAUUUCGGUAGUAAUAGGACCUAUCAGUUUCACCCAUUGCAGAUCUUUGUUGUGUAGUUUCAACUUUCAAGUACUGAUUGACAGGGAUCUCCCAGAGUGUAAUUCGAUCGUCAUCGUCAUGAAUAAUAAAUUGUUACAGCUGGCUUAUAGAUCUGGUGGACAAGUUGGGUGAAAUUGUCUUAGUUCUGAAUGAAUUUGUUACCGCGAUUUCGUGAUA